CUCAGUGUUAAUCGUGCGGCCUUUCAGUUCAGAUGUCUAACACACGUUUCUCGAGUUUAAUGCGUUAAAAGUGGAAUAAAAGGAUUCAUAGAUUGUGUGGUGGUGAAAAAUAUAUCAAAUAGAUAUUUAAUGUUAGAAGUCUAAAGUGAAACUUUUUCAGCGGAAGAGUAGAAAUUAUAUUUUUAUGCUUUGCUUUGCUGUGCAAAAGAAAGAAAGACGAAAAUUUGUCAGAAAGAGUCUUUAAAGAAAAAAGAGAAAGAGACGAAAGCGGUGAAAAGUGUUACGAAAAUAUUUCUGAAAAAGAAAUAAUUCAGGCCUGAUGUGAGACACUAAUAAUUGACAUUCUUUGUGAAAAGUGUAGGAUAAAAAACGAAGAUUUAUAGAAAAUUUGUGUAACAAAUAAAUCCCCUUUUAAAAGGGUGUAUAAGAAUGGGGUGGCCAUUUGAGUGCGGUCAAGCCCCAUGCAUAAAGCAAACAAGGUCGACACUGUGGUUAAUUUUAGUUGUUUUCAUUUUGUGCUUAAGCACAACGCAAACAAAUGCUGAUGUCAAGGAAUUAACGGAUACUGUUUUUGCUUUCUACACUCAAGUUUUUUCUCACCCUCAUUAUCUGUUUAGGUAG